AUGAUCAUCACCCAGUCUAAGUCGCCGAAUGGCGCCCUGACCCCCAUCAAUUUUCAUUACCCGCAAAUUGAGCCCACAACACAAGCUCUGGACCCCGGCAAGAUCCUUGUGUCUUUCCUCUUCUCCCCAAUCAACCCACAGGACUUAUUGGUUAUUGCGGGUCGAUAUCCCGUAAAACCAUCUUACAACCAUGAGGGCGAGCCUGUGCUUGGCUAUGAUGGGGUCGCCCGCGUCGAAGCCGUCGGCAGCAAUCCCGUUCCCUCAUCAGCACCAGCCUCGGAGGUACGACCCGGGGACCUUGUUGUCCCGCGGCGUCAUGGGCUGGGGACUUGGCGCAGCCAGGCCGUUCUUGAAGCUGCCGAUGUUAUCCGUCUUACGCCAACAAACGACCUGAUUGGUGCAUCCCUCCUUCGCAUGGCCUUCUUGCCUGCCUAUCUCCUGGUGGAAGACGUUCGAGCGCUCAAGCCCGGUGACUGGAUUGUGCAGAACGUGGGAUCCGGUACCAUUGCGCGCUUGGUCGCUCAAUUCGCUCGACUGAAAGGGGUUCACACCGUUAGUAUUGUGCGCGAUCGUGACGCCGAGGCGCUCGAAUCCCUGAAGGCCGAAUUGCUAGCGGAGGGGGCUUCAGUCGUCAUUAGCGAGUCCGACCUCAGGGAACGAGGCAUUGAGGCACACCCUAAACUUGCCGAUGCAGCGGGCCGCAAGCGUGUGGUCCUAGCCAUCGAUGGCGUUUUUGGGGAGCCUGGCGAGCGUCUUGCAUUUUUGCUGUCGCAUGGGGGGACUUUUGUCAACUACGGGUCUCUUGGUGGCGCUGAAGGCGUCGUACGGCUGUCGCAACGACUCUUGUUUUGGUCCGAGAUCAAAUUCCAGAACUUUCGUCUUUCGGAGCGGCUCGGCCAUCGUACGCCAGAGCAGCAAGAGUCGCUCUUGCUUUGGUUCCAAGACCUUCUGGCAAGAGGGGCUCUAGUGACGCCGAAGGUACGAAGGAUUCAAGCCCCUGCCUCGGCAGGGAACCAAAACGAAUUUGAGCACAAUGUCAACGAGGCAGUCUCUUCAGGAAGUGGGGCGGGUAUUGGCCACGUGAAGCCUGUAUUGGAGUUCAAGCGUACUUUGGUUACAGCUUAA